AUGGCCUCCUUUUCCAUUGAUGGUGAGGUAGAACAACGAUACCUAAUUCAACGGCAUAUUGGAAGUGGUGCCUACGGUGUGGUUUGGUGCGCAUUGGACCGCUUUACAGGGAAUCAAGUGGCUUUGAAGAAAGUCUUUGAUGCCUUUCGAAACCAUGAAGACGCACAGCGUACGUACCGCGAAAUUAUGCUUCUGGAGACCCUAAAAGAAAACAAACGUGUAGUUCAUUUGUUAAAUGUAAUUCAAGCAAACAACAACUCGGAUCUUUACCUAGUGUUCGAGUUAGCAGAAACUGACCUCUGUGUGGUGCUGCAAAAGCGUAUCCUCCAGGAUAUCCAUCGUAAGUAUAUUAUAUAUCAAAUCGUUCUGGUUGUAGCUCAGCUUCAUGCCAUGCAGAUUAUUCACCGUGAUCUGAAGCCUGCCAAUGUCUUCAUCAACGCAGACUGUUCGAUCAAAUUGGGCGACUUCGGUCUGGCGCGUAGUUUUUUAGAUGAGAACGACACCAAAGGUGAGGUUUUGCAUCUUACUGAGUACAUUGCGACGCGUUGGUACCGAUCCCCUGAGGUAUUAGUAAAGUCACCGUACUACACAACUGCGAUGGAUAUGUGGGCAGUUGGGUGUGUAAUUGCGGAAUUGUUCCUUGGUGAGCCGCUCUUCUGCGGGCGCUCCACACACGACCAGCUUAUCCUCAUAAUUAGCUCCCUGGGUGAACCAACCAGCGCAGAUGUGAACAGCCUAGGGUCAUCCGAUUCGUGGGCGAUGAUGGACUACCUUCCCGAGGAGAUUCAUAGUGCGCCACUACGAGAUAUUUUGUCAUCUCUAGACGCCGAUGUCAUAGACCUCGUGUCCAGGCUCGUAAUUUUUAACCCACAAAAGAGAUUAACAGCGUUGGAGGCACUCCGGCACCCAUAUCUAGCUGAGUUCGUGACUCCCGAUGACAUCACCUUGCUAACGAAGCUACCCGCAAUAAAACUUCCUUUACCAGAUGAAAAGCGAUGCAGUGUGGACGAGUAUAAGGAAAACGUGUACGAACGUGUUCGGAAGAACUACCGGCAUAGGGAACAGAUGCAAUACCUAUAG